AUGAAUAUAGUUGUCGAGGAAUUACCAUCUGGCGAUGUCAAGCUUGAAAACUGCAAUAGCCGAGUUAAGGAAUGCGAGGAAUACUUACUAAAUAGCCAGUGGGUGCAAUUCCAAUACCUUUUCAAACAACUUAUUAAAUUCAAUGAAAAGAACAGAUAUGAAAUUCCAGAAGCAUUUUCAACAGCAUUCGAUACAAUGAAGAAAUCCGCAAUAUCUCAUAUCUUAAAGAAUUUAGAAAUCGCAAAUAUUUUCGAAGAUUUCAAAGUUUGGUUCCAAAGACUCUCUGAAGUUGUUUCUUCAAAGGAAGAACUAUGGAACAUUAUCCAUACUCAAGCAAAUAUGAGCAUUCGCGUAACAAUGCGACAAAAUCAAGAAUUAGUUUCACUUUUCUUUACUCCAGAAACACUCUUCGAAUAUGGUAUUAAACCAUUCAUGGAAUCAAACGUUUGUGACUUUAAGAAUGUAAUGAAUGAAGAAAAUUUAAUUGAUAAUUUUUAUGGCGUUGCAGGGUUUGUCAGAGCUUGCGGUCUUUCUACAACGUUCGAAUCAAAUAACCAAGACUAUUUCAAUUUUGUAGAAAAAAUCUUGGUUAAUUUUGUAAAUUUGCCAGAUUUUGACCCUCACAGAUUUGUAUGGCUUGUCGAAGCUUGUAAUGGAAACUUGAAGAUACCACCAGCAACUUUUCGUGAAAUAUGCCAAAAUACAAUAGAAAAGUUUUCACAGCAAGAAUUUAAAGGACAGCUCAUGCAAAAACUAUAUAAAUUUUGUGUCCUAUCUACAUCACCUCUUAUGCAAACGUUCCCAGUUAUUCAGCGCUGCAUUGACGAUACAUAUGUACAAUUAAUUGAAGAACAAAGGUCAUUUUCACGUCGCUACAUAUUCAGCCAGUUUACAUCCAUUGAAUGGAAUGGUAAAUCAACUGGUCAAGUAUGCGAUCAGUUGAAAUGCUGGACAUUAUUUGUCAGCAACGUUUCUUUGAGACUUGCUGAUAAACCAGAGCUUCCAAAGAUGAUUUUACAAGAUUUACUUGAUGAUAGUAUGUCUUUCUUUGAAGGUUUCUUUGCAGACGCCCAACCAACAAAAGAAAAGGCCAUUGACAUGAGAUGCUAUAUUCUUCACAUUGCAGAAACAAUAGAAGAGUUUUAUCCAGGUCCAAUUCCCCAAAAUACAAUUUACAAAGUUUGGUAUAUCUUAUUUAUUGCUGCUAUCGCAGGAGCAUUGGAACAUGAGCUUAACGAUAUUCAUUAUGCUGAUGCCCCUAAACCAGAUACACCAACUUUAGGUUUGGAACACUCUGCAACAGAUUUUACAAGUUAUACCUUUGCUUUGUCUGUUUUGUCAAAGAAGUUUGAAGUUCAAAACGAUACAUUCACAGAAAUGUUUGCUUUUAUUAGACAAAACAUUAAAUAUCCAUAA